AUCCUGUCCACCUUACCUCCCCUCCCCCCACAUUCCCCACCUUCUGGGGCCCUUCUAUACUUAAAUUCUUGAGGACCCCUCCUCCAACUCCCAGACUCCCUUCCUUCCUAAAACUGCAGCCAACGCCCUACCAUGCACCCCGCCCUGCUCAAGGGGGCUGGACUUGCGUUGCUCUGGGUAUAAAGUACCAGAGGUUCUCAGGCGGCACCCAGUAGCCACCCAGGUUGCAGCUGCAGAACCUUGACCCGGCCAAGGUCGCCCCGGCAACCAGCACCUCAGCCAGUCAGCACGCAGCCUGAGCCAUGGCCGUCAGGAAAGCCCUAAUCGUUCUGGCUCACGCAGAGAAGACAUCCUUCAACUAUGCCAUGAAGGAAGCUGCUGUAGAAGCUUUGAAGGCGAAAGGCUGGGAGGUGGCUGUGUCAGACCUCUAUGCCAUGAACUUCAAUCCCCUCAUCUCCAGAAAGGACAUCACAGGUAAACUGAAGGAUUCGGAGAACUUUCAGUAUCCUGCCGAGUCUGUUCUGGCUUAUAAAGAAGGCCGUCUAAGCCCAGAUAUUGUAGCUGAACAAAAGAAGCUGGAAGCUGCAGACCUUGUGAUUUUUCAGUUCCCAAUGUACUGGUUUGGACUUCCUGCUAUCCUGAAGGGCUGGUUUGAGCGAGUGUUCAUAGGCGAGUUUGCUUACACAUAUGCUUCCAUGUACGACAAGGGACCUUUCCGGAAUAAGAAGGCAGUGCUUUCCAUCACCACAGGUGGCAGUGGUUCCAUGUACUCUCUGGAGGGUGUCCAUGGGGACAUGAAUGUCAUUCUCUGGCCAAUUCAGAGUGGCAUUCUGUAUUUCUGUGGCUUCCAAGUCUUAGAACCUCAGCUGAUGUACAGCAUUGGGCACACUCCAGCAGACACCCGAAUUCAGAUCUUGGAGGGAUGGAAGAAACGCCUGGGAAGUAUUUGGGAUGAAAAGCCAUUGUCUUUUGCUCCAAGUAAUCUCUUUGAUCUAAACUUCCAGGCUGGAUAUUUAAUGAAAAAGGAGGUAAAGGAGGAACAGAAAAACAAGAAAGUUGGCCUUUCUGUGGGCCAUCACUUGGGCAAGCCCAUUCCCACUGACAACCAGAUUAAAGCAAAAAAAUAAGAUUCACAGAAUUUAUUUCCUUCUAAAAUAUAGCCCACAUCUAGGUUUCUUCCUCAAAUUUCCUUAAUUGACUUUAGUUUUCAAGAUGUGUUUUUCUUUUCCCAAAGGAAUGAAAGAGAAUAUAAUCAUAUAUUUUGGAAUAACUUUAUUAUUAAAUGUAGCUGAUUCUUCUGAUCAAUGUCAUGACAAAAUGAUUAGACUUAAGGGGUCACUUAGGAUGUAGAGCAGGGGAAGAUAUAGAAAGAUGCUAAACAAUAUAAUAAAAGGCCCUCCUUUUAAGAGAAAAACAUUCAUUUUGGGCCAGAUAUGACUACACAGCAUCCAACUCCUCAAUGAUCUAUUUUUCUCUUAAAUUGUCUCUCUGGUUUAUGGCAGAAAGGACUAGCUCAAAGAAAGAAAUGACUGAAUCUGCCAGGCCUCAGGGACUUGUUUAGUAAUUAGGAUUCUAUGGUUGUUUAUGAUAUAUAUUGGUUUUAAUAACUACAGUGACUAAUAUGCCUAAUAUAUGUGUUACUCUUUCUUCAACUUGUGUUUAUAUAUAGUAUGAACAUGUACCUUGGAAUGAAAACCUAAUAAAAGUCUCUUUACCUCAA